GAGGGGCAGGCAGAGCUCAGUGCUGGAGCUGCUGAAAGCAGGAAUGGGUCGCUUGUCACGUACAGAGCAGCAGGCGAGAGCAGGCUAGGAAGUCCUGCACCCCCACCUUCCCAGAAGCUCAUCCACCUCUCAUUACUGGAGGCUCUUCCUAGUCCAGGACCUGCACCCAGCUCCACUCUGUCUGCCAGGCAGGUAAGUGCUCCUGCCCCAGGAAUCUUACUCCACUGCUCCUUGCUUUAUACAUAAAGUGCUGGAUGGGGAACUUUUUGUCUUCACUCUGGAUUUGGGAUUAUUUACAGCCUGUCUGGGUAUUACUGGAAGAAAAGGGGGAUCCUAACACAUCGCCAGCAUUUCUAAUGGACAAUCAUUUAUUUUGAAUAUCUAAAUAUAAAAAAUAAAAAAAACUUUUUAUUUAUUUUUAACUUUUUUUGUGCUCAUUGUAUAUAUGUUUCCUUUGUUUCUUAGUGUUCUGCAGUGCUGUGCAGCUCUCUGAUGCUGUGGGGGCUCCCUGAUCUUAACCCUUCUGGGUGCCCAGGAUUUUGUGCGAAUGAAGCAUUUUAUUGAUCAGCUGUACUGGCAUUGAAAUGAUUUCUAGAAACACUAUUUUCUAUCCGUGAUUUACAUUUCUUACAAUGACUGUGACUCUUCUUGUCAGGAGAGUAUGUAGUGCAGGGAUACAAUGUAUCCCCCACUCCUGGUUCCCUUGGGUACUGGGAAGUUUGCGUUAGAUUUUUUUUUUUUUUUUUUUCGCUUUUCUUCUUUGUGUGCUAAUCACAGUGUGUUUGGAUCUGAUAAGUAGAGAUUUAGCAUUUUAUUGUCCGAUAGCCCUGCUGUGAACUCAUCUAAUUCACACCGGCAGAGCUUCAUUCCAUAUGGUUUUAUUGUAAUCAUGUGUCAUUAGCAUAUUUACAAUUUCAUCAGUUUUGAAGACCCCCUUCUCCCUCUGCACAGCGACAAUGGGGUAGAUGAAACUAUAAAAUCUGCAUUGUGAGAUUGAAUGUCUUGGAGAUCCUGUGUGAUAUUGUCCCUUGUGCUUGCUUUACAUUUACACCAUGGCGUGUAAUGGAAUUAACAGCUCAGAUCAGUUGAAUAAAAGGGUCUCCUUGAAAGGUUGUUCAUGGGACUUGCAUAUUUAUGGAAAAAAUGUCACUGUUUGCCUAAUUAGUGUUUUUUCUAUAUUAUAUUCCCUUCCUUGUAAAUCCUGUUUGCAGUGCUUGUGUGCAGAUCUAGGAGACAAAAGGUAGACAAUAUAGCAGUUGGUCACACUAGGAUAUAAUGGGAUACAUUAAUUUAAUUUAAUUAUAUUGGCAAUAUUCACCGAACACCUAAUUUAUUUUAGGUGAAAUAUAGGGAAUGCGGGCGAGCAGCUGAUAAAACAAGAUCACUAACCACAGAAUAUAUAUUUUAUUUUUCAAUUCUGUAACAAAGACAUUGCUUUGUCCUUGCUAUGUAGAGAUAACCCUGGAAUGUAUUUUAAGUCUUUUAAGUCUUUUUUGGUUGCCAGUGAGGAAUGUGUUAACUGCUGUUAUGGAGGAGUUAUGUACAUUCUGUUAACAUGUGUGCACAUCUCAAUGUUUUUUCAAUUCAUACCAAAUCCUUCUAGUUUUAUAUACCUAGCAAGGACAUUUUAAAUAGCUUGGAGGAAAGUGUUGGCUUGGGAACAGUAUAAAUAUUAUUUAGCAUUGUAAAAUAUGACCACUUCCUUUCGCAUUCCCCUCAUUUUGUUAUUCUUGAUACAAGCCUAUAGUGACUUAAGAUGUUUUUUGUUUUAGUUAGUUGUGGUGUUUUUGGUUUUAGACCUUGUGAUUUGUUACAAACAAUUUUUACGGGGGGGUCCCCUGAGUAAUUCAGUUCUUCGCUCAGAACUUUGGAACUAGCGAGUGUUUUGUUGUGAGGUGAUAUGUGGUGCAGGGUGGGCGUGUGCGCACAAGUCACCUUAGGGCUGGAUGGAAAAGCAAAAUGGCCAUGUGAAUGUCAGACUGGGUGUGUGUCAGAGCACAAGAUAAUGAGUGAGACAGGGUGUGUACCCAUGUGACCUUAAGACUGUCUGUAAAUCUGUUUAAGCCUGUGUAGUUUAUCAGGCCUGUUUGUGUAUAAUACACAGCCUUCUAAGUUGUCCACUGUAAGAUGCCCCUACACAAACUAAUCUAGCUAUGAGAUUGAAAAUGUGCUUGUGGCAUAAACCAUGUUGCAAAGCACUAUGUGGUGAAACUACACAAUCCUAUAAAAUGUAUAUGUAUGUGUGCUCCUUUUUAAAAAAAGAAUUUUCUCAUUUUCAUGCCUGGGGCUGCCAAGGACUGCGAGUUAAUAGAUUCAACUGUUGUGCUUACAUGAACAAUGACUUUGCUCAGUUAAAUCUUUUCAUUGAGACUUGUCUGUUUUCUUGUAUUCAUCUUCCCAGGUUUGAUUGGCUAUUUUUAUGGUCUCUGACAUGGUGGAAGAGUCUUCAGAGAUGGCUAUGGAUACAGAAUCUGAAGACCCAAGUUCCAAUGCGACGCAUGCAACAACCAUUUCGGACCGGCACUUUUUGCGACACCCCGACAAAAUUCCGCCAGUAAAGCCAUGUUUCAAAAAAAAGCAGACUUCUAAACUACUAGACGCAGACACGCUUCGUGCAUUGCGGCCAAUAUUUAGUAGCUUUUUAGGAUCAGGGACUCUUAAUGAAAUAUUUGUGCCUGGGAAUGCUAAUAAUUUAUGUGACCCUCAUGUGAAGAAGGCAUUGGAGGUUGAACAACAAGAUCCUCAGGAUGACUCGCUAAUUUCUGCAAAUCCGAGUCUUGAUCCAGGAAUGGAUCAUACACCCUCUGUUUCUUCUACACAGAAAGACAUUACAGAAGAACCUCCAAGCGUAAUUGAAACUGAACCAACCUUCCCCACUGAAAGCUCUAGUGUAAUUGCUGCUAACACUGCCAACGAGGCUUUCGAAGAUUCUCUCUUGCAGGCAAACCCAAGUGAUUCUGCCAGGCCUGACUGCUUGGAUAAGACCGCUGGAACCUGCUCCGAAGGGUUAUUUCAGAAUAUCGCCUGUCUGGACCAAUACAACUUGAACCAAGCUAAUUCAAACACUGGAAUAUUUCAGGACAAAACGGACGAGGCUUCUCUUCUUUUAGUAUUUGAGCUUUUAAACCAACUCCAGUACCAUGUCCAUCUGAAAGAUGGGAUAGAAAUUUGUGUGGAUUUCUUACAGGGAUUAUGUUUUUAUGGUAAAGAUUGUCCAAAUCAUCACACAGUAUUACCGUAUCACUGGCAGGUUCGGAAGAGCGAUACCGGCAUCUGGCAGAGUUUGAACGAUGAUUCACAAGAACAUGUAGAAAGGCUAUACUGCAGUCCUGACAGUGACCGAAUUAAAAUGAGAUAUCAGUAAGUAUCUGAAGUGUUUGAUGUAGAUAUAGUUGUUGCUCAAUUUUCUGCAUAUCUAAGAUAUUUGUUCAAGAAUAAUUUGCACUACUUUUUAAUGGCUUAUUGCCAUCAUUUCUCAGGGUUAGGCUAGGGGUAGUUCUGAGAGAAAGGAAGAGAAUGUGUGCUUUGAUUUCUCUGAUAACCUUUAUUAUGAACUGUUCUAUAGUAUUUCCUUGAUUAACCUUUCUAUAGUCUCCUUGCAUAGUGCCCUUUCCAUAGAUCAGCACUAAGUAUCAAUGCACCCAAUUAGCUACUCCGUGUUAAGUUGUGUAAAAAAAAAUACAACAAACUAGGAGCAUUUCAUAGGAUCGCUUAUUUGUGGAGAAUAGACAAGACACAUUUCAGGCCAAAAUAACAGAAACAUGAAUUUUUCAGUUUGGCUGCCCUUAGCUGAAAUGUGCACGUUCCCAGUAAAUUGACCACUAAUCCUAGUUUAAUAGAAAUUUACCCCGUUUUAAUUCUCCCUGAUGUUUAAAGCUGAUCUCUCAGAGAACACUUGAUAAAAUUGGCCGCAGUGUGGCUUUUUGCAAGGAGGAUCAAGUUCUGGAAGUUAUUGCCCCUUUGGGAAUUUCUAAAACUGUCUGUUAUUUCAGCCUCAUUUCCCUAGAAUAACAAGCUUGUAAUUGGAUUUUCUACCAUCCUUUUAUUGUACAUCUUAAAAGAAGGCCCUUUGGAUUGUUUUGGUGGGGGGGAGGGGGGCACUUGUAUAUUUUAAUGGCUCUGUUCACUGCUAUAGUUAUAAUUUUACCAAACAAAAAAAAAAUAUCUAUUUUCUUCUGCAUUUUUUGUCAUUAUUAGCACAAUGUUGGCUAACUAGGAAGCGUUUCGUCUUGAUUGGUUUAGUAUCUAGUCAGACGCCAAGCAUAAACUUGCUUGCAUUUCCUCAUACGUUCCAUUUACAUCACGGGUGGGUGUUAUGAGCCAUGCAGCCUUGGGGCCCCAAACUUGUUGGUUGUUGUCACAGAACUAACGAACUGCUGAGUUGCACCAUUGAAUAACACUUAACUGUGGACACUGUUGUAAACCAGAGGUUAGUGAUAAACUUUUCUUCAUGGUCACUGCAACCUGUGUUUCAAAGCACUGUUAUGUCUCCAGGCAACAAGGCAUGGAUAACAGAAUGCUGAUGCUUUCUUGGAGCUGCACACGAUUUGCAUGGCAACUACUUUCUUUAGCCAAAGCCAUUAAUCUCUUGUGGUCAGAUUAGCUUUGCAGACCUGUCCAUACACUGCACACAACAAUGACUUGUCUGUUCUGCACGCCAUUGAGUCAGGAGAGGUUAAGCAGAGUCAGCUUCACUAGUAUCUUGGAUAUAUCCAUUUAUUUUUUGCUUGGUUUUAAAUGGUUUCCUUGGUGCUAAAUGCAGUUCAUGUCUCAGUUGUCCUGAAUAUCUCCUUUUUGUUAGUUGUGUAGCAUGCUGAAACAGUAGCUGGACUUGGUGGUACAGGGGUUGUCUAGUUACAGCUUUGGGUUCAUUUAAUGCUGGCUUGGGUAAAUGGAAAAUACCAGACUGAAUUCAAAAUUAAUUUCAUGUAGAAAAAUGCCCCAAAAAACACACAUGCCUUUUUUCCUUAAAUGUAUACACUAUUUAGUAUGCCUCCCCUUUAAUGUAUACCCAUCUGGUACAGAUAAGUGUCAGAAUUCUAUUCUAGGAUAGCAAUCACUCUUCAGAUGGUGUUAAUGCAUCUUUUGCUCUUUGUAACUUGUUUAUUUUUUUUAUUUUUUUAUUUUUAAUGUAUUCCUAAAAUAUUAUAGCAAAUGCUGCCAAAACAUUAUUGCAGGCACCUUUUUAAGUCUUGUACUUUUUUGUUUUUCAUUUCUAUGGCAAUACGUUUAAUUUGGCUAAGUGUUUAAAGUACUCAUGCCAUGAGAGAAAGUGACCUUGUGUCACUUUGUUUGAAACUAAUUUAAUCAUCAGUCUCAGAAGCUUGGAAUGUGUUGGGCAUCAUGUAGGUUUAGCUACUGUAUACAAGGCAUGUUUCCUCUUGACUUUGAAGAAAAUUCUCUCUCUGUGUGUGUGUGUGUGUGUGUGUGUGUGUGUGUGUGUAUGUAUAUGUGUGUGUGUGUGUGUGUGUGUGUGUGUGUGUGUAUAUAUAUGUAUAUAUGUGUAUAUAUAUAUAUAUAUAUAUAUAUAUAUAUAUAUAUAUAUAUAUAUAUAUAUAUAUAUAUAUAUAUAUAUAUAUAUAUAUAUAUAUAUAUAUAGUCUUGAUUACUGAAGGUGAACUUGCUGUAGACCUGUCUUAUGGGUGCCGAGUCUAGCUACAAAAACCGUCCAUUUUGUAAGUGUUCAUAUGGUGUAUAUUUUAAGAAUGUGGGUUAAGGGACCUAGGACUAUGCACCCAGACCACUUCAGAUAAUUGAAGUGGUCUGGGUGCUUAGUCUCAGGUCCCUUAACCCAGCAAAGGUAAUUAUUGCAGAAUUACCUUUUUGAGGGUUAACUCCACCUCUAGUGGUUGUCUACUAAACAGCCACUAGAAUGACUUCUGGACCUUUAGGUGACUUUUGGUCACCUGACACUGGACAUCCUCACGCUAUGCAUGGGGAAAUCCAGUGUCUUGUAAAACCCCAAAGAAAAGCAUUAUACAAUGCUUUCGUAUAGGGAAAUACUAGUGCGAGUGCGGCCAUUGCGGAGGAGCUAGUGCCAAAGGACAUCAGUGCUGGACUCCGGUAAAUUACAGUGUUUUUUUUUGUUUGUUUUUUUAACACCUUCUGUACCAUGGGGGCAUUAAAGGGAGCUAUAGUGCCAAGAACACAACUGUUUUCCUUGCACUAUAGUUUACCUUAAAUGCUUUUUACUUUGAGCUCAGCAUCACUCUAGUGUUCCGAGCAGGGAUCACAAAAGCUACAAAAUCUUUUAAUAAGCAGAUUUGAAGGUUGACUUCAGUCUUAGGCUAAACUGCUAGUGAAGUAAUGGUUCCCUAUGGAAGGAUUUCUUUAUUUACACUUGGUGACCUUAGAACAUCUUUGUCCUAGCAAAACUCAAACGUGCGGCAUGCAUCGAAAUUCUCAUAGGAAACCAUAGAGUUCAAUGCUUUCCUAUGAGCUGCAACCUCAUGUGAACAAGUCUUACUGUGUUGUUGUAGAGAAAGCGUCUCUCGUGGCUACUGGAAGACACACGAAAGAUGUAUAUUGCCCUGGAACGUAAUUAUGGUUUCUACAAAACACAGUGGUGGGUAUUUUUUUUUUUAUAUUUUUUUGCAGUGUUUAAACAAGGCCACUGCACUCAGUCCACAUCAUUGAGAUGAGAUGGGUAACUUUAGUGGUAUUUUAACCCAUAAUGUAAAAUGUUGCGCAGGACCCCCAGAGCAUAAAGACUUCAUUGCGCUAUAGUAAUUAUGGUGCCCAAACUAGUCUGUUUUUUGUUUUGUUUUUUGUAUCGGAAAUAAAAAAAAAUCGUCCAAUAUUGGUUACCAGUUUUCAUAUCAGAAGCUAUAUUUUCUUUGAUUAUUUGCAUGUAUAUUGCCCAGUAAAAACAAUGGAAACUGAAUAAACCUGAGGAGAGUUGUCAAAGUUAACAAAAGUUGUUUGUGGAAUGUGUGGUGUGUGUGUGGGGGUUUAUUUUUAUUUUGGGGGGGGUUUUUUUGUUUUGGUUUUUUUAAAUGUUUGCACGGAUUACAUUUGGAUGACGGAACAAUGGGAAGGUGCUGUGAAACCUUCCAGUCAUGUGUCACAUAUUUCAAUGGUAUUGUCACACUUGACCUAUCCAGCUCCAACAUGUUUUUUUUUUUUUUUUGCACAGCUAGCAGUAGGCCCAUUUUCUUCGAUCUGUUUACUGAGGGUGGUAAAAGAUAACAUUCCUGAGUUCCUGCGAUCAACUCUAGUCCUGUAAUAAGAAGUUUAAUCAUUUAUUAUUGCAGAUUUCAAGAGAUGAGAGCAAUCAUGCCGAUGACUUAUCUUUUUAAAGUUCUUACAUGAGAGAAAUGGGGGGUGGGGGAGACUGCUUAUUGACUAAAGUAAAAUAGUAACUGUAUCUAGGAUAUAUAAAGACUUGUGCAUAAAAGGAAGUUUAAGGUCUUUUGUUUCCCAGUGAUUCUUCUGAACAGCCUGUUUGGUUUGGAUGAGGGAUGGAAUACUGUAAAUUCCAAGCAGUAUUCCCCCACCACCACCCUCUUGCAUGUACUGAAAGGACUCUGUUGUUUUGAUGGCACAAGUUCUAAAGAUUAGAUCUGUACCAUUUAAAGAAACACUAUAGUGUUUGUAAUACACAUCCGUAUUCCUAAUGAUAUUGCACGGCUCGACAUACGCCAGGUUGCCAUGGCUACUAGGAAUUUUGUCCUGGCACCUGGGAUUUGUCAGUCCGUUGAGCAGGGGCGGCCUGGCGAGGGUGAAUGCAGGCGGCUAGGGUGGGAGUUGUCUUCUAUUCUAAUUGUUAUGCUCCCCCGCUCGCCCUGCAGUGAUGGGGAAGCUGAAAUAUGGCAUCUCUAAAGCCCUGGCAUCACUAAACAGCACUCUAUGGAGUGAAAACACACACUCAAAUUAUUUGUGUGUGUUUUUUUUUGUUUUUUUUUGUUUGUGUUUUUUUUUCUAAUUUAAGUCCGCCCAGCCUCCCUACCUUUUGGAGAUCUGGAGUGGAUCCUUUCCCUAUAAAUCACCAUCAGUGACAUGUUUACAUUGAAAAUCUUACUGGGACAGGAUAUAGACACCAGAGCCACUACAUUAAGCUGAUAAUUAUAUAGUGUCCCUUUUAAAACUUUUUUUUUUUUUAAACAGAAAACAAAACCUGGCUCCUAACUUUAUUGUGGUUUAUAAAUUCCAAGCCAAUUUGUCGAGCCCUGCACUAGUGACAUUGUUUAGAUUAGGUCCCCCUUGUGUAAUAAAAAUGAUGUGCACACAUCCAAUCAAUUUCCUUCUGAAAUGAAAGCAUUGAAUACAGUGACUUCCUAUAGGCUUCAUUUGUUGUUUUGACAUCACAUGACCGUUUUACUCGGUGGUUGUUGAAGCAGUAGUACCUCUAGUGACUGUCAAAGUCUAACCCUUCAAUUUGAAAACAGUGCAGUUUCUAUAUUGAAGGGUUGAAGCUACAGAGCCACUGCACUCAGACCACUUUGAGAUGAAGUGGUCUGGGUGACAUUAGUGGUCCAUUUUAUUUUCUGUGAAUAAAUAAAAAUAUCAUGCUUCCCAGUACAGGGAGGUAUGUAAAGAGGGUGAGCUGGUAACGGAUGCUACCCUCCUGGAAAAAGUGCAUGCCUUCUGACUGCAAGUCUUCCUUGCUGGCCUCCCUCUGGGUUUUAAUACAUAAAACCCACUUAAUCACCCACUCAGGAUGUGCAGAACGUAUCUGUUAGGCUCUUUUCAUGACAUUACAGAAUGAAAAGCACCCCUCUUACUUUAAAACCUGUAUUAUGUGAAAUGGCUUGGAUUUGUGGGGAAAAAAAAACCAAACAUUUUCCUCCUUUAUAUGCGCUCAGUUCUCCAUUUCUAAUCUAAAUGGAAUUAAUUUCUGAAGUCAGACGUCAGAAUCUGUUGUAAUGCGUACAAGGAAAGCCCAAAGGUUCACAUAAGGUCUGUUUACAACCAAUGUACGUAUAUUAUGCUGUAAUUUCUUGAUUGGAUUGUCUCCCUUGAGAUGAUGAAGUGCGUGUAAGCUAGUUAAAAGAAACCUUACACUUUUUUUUUUUUUUUUUUUUUUUUAAAAGCAGUGCUUGUAAUAUCUAUGAUGAAUGGAAAAACCAAACCAUUAACAAUCAUUCUCCUUUUUGCACAUAAAGCAGUUAACUUCAGUUAAUUAAAAACUGUCAAGCCAUGAUUACCAUUUGGCUGUUUCAGCCUGUAUUUUGCAAACUAUUUUGGCUUGAUGUUCUUACAACUUUGGUUUUUGAAGGACCAAUAAAGUCACCCAGGCCACUUCAAUGAGAUGAAGCGGUCCAGGUGCAGAGGUUCUGGAAGUUGGUCCAUUCAAGGUAAGACAUUGCUUUUCUGCUGAAACAGUAAUGUUUACAUUAAAGGGUUAAACACCUCUCCAGUGGCGGUUGCACUGAUCUUCCUAUAGAGAAGCUGGGAUGGACUCUUGCACAUCAUGUCCCCAAUGCUGCUGAGGAGGAUGGGAGUCAUGGGACCAUUAUGAAAGAGGCAAUAUCUCCUUCAUGACAUCUUUCAUGAAAUCUAAAUGUACAUACACACCAGGGGCAGGGGUACUAAAACAAAGUAUCUUGGCUGUUUACAAGUAUGAUUUUAAACUCAAUCUGUAUUUUUCUCCUGUAUGGGAAUUUUAGUCUAAAACUUGCUUUGAAAUCUCAGCAACUGAAACUCCAGUAAAUAAGCCGGUCACUAUUUAGUGAAUGAACUCUUGUAUUGGUGUGUCCAUUUUUAAGCUACUUUUUACAGAUCACAAGUUGGACUAUUUCUAAUUCAAUUUUGGUCUAAAAUGAGCAGUUUAUUUUUAGUUAAUAACCUUGCAUGGACAUGUAAUACACAUUACUUUCUAAAAAAAAAAAACAAUCUUGUGAAAUUGAAGGUUUUUUUUUUUUUUUCCUCUAUGCUGUGAGGUGUACACCUAAUUAUUAAAUAACUAUAAAUGUAUACAUAUUAGUUAUGUGAAAAUAUUACAAAUAACCACCUGAGAAAUUAGAGCACUGCCAGUUAUAAUAUUCUAAAGUACCUACAACUUGUUCCUUCGAUACACUAGUUGUGAUGUACAGUACACUAUGCUCCCUUUUCGUGGGGAAGAAGUGUUCGGUUUCUGGAUGCCUUGCCUCUUUUAGUGGUAUUGUUUACAUCUACUCAUUUUGUCCUAUCACAUGUGUGCAUCUGUUUACCAAUGACCUUUUUCUGCAUUUUACAGGGUUACAACAUAUGUGUUGUAACCCACAGUACACUUCUUGCACACUUGUACAUUUAUCACGAGAUGCUGCUUUUUUUUAUUCAGGACUAGGGUUGACAAAAUCCCUCAUGGGAGCCGCUGUGACAUGUGAUUUAGGGGUUAAUCAGCUCAGUUUAUAUCUGAUACAAUUAAAGAGUACAAGACAUACUGUAUUUGUGGCUCUUUCCUGUUCUACACCAAAGAGUGACACAAACCAAAGUUCAGUCAGAUUCGUACAUGUUGUAACUUGUGCUAAUGAUUCUAGAAUAAAAAUGUGUAUAGGUGGUUUAUAUGACUGCAUACUUGUUCACAGGGGAGGUGUUUGACACUAUUUUUUUGUUUUGUUUGGGUUGGUUUUUGGCCACACAAUAUCCAUAGGGACACUUGGUGUGCUGAUAGGAUUUUUGAUUGGACAGGUAAACAAACUGGAAAAUGAAGGGGGCAUUUUAGAAUUUAGAUUUGUUCUGGUCUGUGGUGCUAAUGGAUAUAAACCAUCCAAAGAUGGAAAUAAAUGUUUUUUGUUUUUUAAUUCCCUAAAUUUUACUGAAAUUUUUAUAGCAGAGUUGGAGAAUCUGUCCAAAGCCUUGAUCUUCCCAUUCAGAGUUUAGUGGAUAUCCCUAUAAAUUGUCACCUCAGCCUUACACCUUUCAUCUUGGCUACUACUUCACUUAAAGCGAGCGAGCACGAAGAUUGCAAACUUGUGGCAAGGAUCUCUACAGUACACGUCUGUGUGGUUUCUGUUUUUAUAUAUAUAUUUAUUUAUUUUUGCCUAAAUUUUAAUGUUUGUAUACUUGAAAUAUAAAUAAUAUAUAUCUUUUCUCCAGUCAAUAUCCCUAAAUAACCAAGGAAGCCAUAAAACAUCCUGUGUGGUACAUUGCUGUCAUUUACAUGUAUUGAAUAACCUAAUUAUACUUCCAGUCCUGUUAUUCUAGAAGAUGUGUGCUAGGCAUGAGGAUGCAAAAUAGUACCAGGCACGUCACCCUUUAAAAGGACUUAAUGAAUGACUUCACUCUGCCUGCUUAAAAUGCAUGUGUCCUUUUUAUGUCACGCAGCAGCCGCAGUAAUUAUGGGCUACACUCUGGCAUCAGUGUGGGUGUUAGUUCACUAUGCAUUGAUUAAAACGUUCACUAUAAGAUCGCAUUGCAUUACAGUCAGAUUCCCCAGUGGGUAGGAGGACAGCCAUGUAAUGAGGAUAUAGCAAUUUCUUUGUGUUGGGAUUAGAGAAAUGCACUUUGUGUAGGGGUUUUUAGAUCUUGCUAGAUAUUCUAUGAUGCCUGUGUUUUUUUAAUAUUUGUUUAUAUGAUGCAGUGGGCACAAUCCACAAAUGAGAACAACCUAGAUUUAUUUUGCAAGAACUUUUAUAUAUAUUUUUUUUUUUUCUGGCUUUAACAACAUUGACGUGUUGAGUAAAUAAAAUAAACACUUAAAUGUGUUCAACUAGUUUGUUUGCUGGAAUACAUGAUUCCCUUUUAUUCCAGAAGUUUGGUCCUUAAGGGGUUAAAAACAUUCUUAUACUAAUUUAUAAUUUGACUCCUCCUGGCCCUUGAGUUGGUAAAACCCUGGAAUCUCCUGUAUGCUAUAUAACAAUGUUACAUUGUGUAUCUUGGUCAAACCAGCCUUACAAGAUCUAGUCGAAACCUGCUCUUUCUCUCGUUCCCUGUAUACCCUACAUUUUAAUUUUCUGGUGUGAAAAUCUUAUCCUAAAACAGAGGACUAUAUCGAAAAAAAAAUUGCAGAGGCAUUUUCACUAAACUCUAGAAAUUAACACUUAUUCAGUCUGGCAAAAAUAUCUGCUAUGACGAUCUAGCAGAGUUGGAGAAUCUGUCCAAAUGUAUUUUAGACUUGAUAUUCCCAUUUAGAGUUUAGUGGAUAUCCCUAUAAACUUUAUAAAAAAUAUAUUGUCACCUCAGCCUUACAGCUUUCAUCUUGGCUACUACUUCACUUAAAGUGAGCGAGCCACAAAGAUUGCAAACUUGUGGCAAGGAUCUCUAGAGUAUACUUCAAAAUAAUGACUGUAGGCAGCAAAUUGCUAAAUUAGACCUGGACCGUUCUGCUGAACACUUGUUUGAUUAAUACGAGGAGUGCUUUUUCAAUGAGGUGUCCUAUUUUUGUGGAUUGCUAUCUCAAGUUAUAUGACCGCUUUGUGGGAACAAUCUUCAUAGCUUCCUGUCAGAGAUCCCAUUCCGAUUUGUGACUAUUCUUAAUCAGCUGACUGUAUUUUCAUAUCACAAGCACUGAUGUUAUGUACCUUACAUGGCUCAAUGCUUCUGUGACUUAUUUUUUUUUUUUUUUUUGAUUCAUGGGGGUGAGCUAAUGAAUUGCCCUGAAACUGACACAUUUUCAACACUUUCUUUGCUAUGGAACCUUCAUUUUAUACAUAACCAUAAUGACCUGAUCAUAGAAGUAUGUAUCUAUUUCGAUCUCUGAAACCUAUUUACACAAAUAGAAUUUUCCAGUAAAAUAGUGGUUUAGCUAUGGAGAAAUGCUUGCAUUGCAAAAUAUACAGCUGCUAUUUAGAUUGCAUGAGACUCCUUCUGCAUUCAUUCCUUGUGUAGAUGUGAAUGGUAAACAGUGACUGUAGCUAGGGCAGCUACACAUGGAAGUUCACAACCUAUCUUUUCUUAAAGCUGUAAAUGUGCCCAUGUGUUCUAGGUGUAUGAUGGCGAGUUCAAUACGGUUUUAGGUGUCAGUGUACAGGGUAUAGAAAUGCUUACCACAACAAACUAGUUUAUUCACUAAACGGUAAAUGGUCAGCAAUGAAAAGUGAUUAUUUCUUAGGCCCCAAUUGCCAAAUUGUAAGUAAGCUGUUGGAUAUUUGUCCUAAAAUUGUAACUUGAUGACGAUUCACAUUUAACCCUCAAAGUUAAACCUCGGUGUCUAAAUAUAGCAGUAGCUGUACUCCGACAAAACAUUGGAUUGCAUUAAAAACCAGUUGGAGUAUUUGUUAAAAAAUUUAUUUUUUAUUUAUUUUGAUCCGAAAUAGCCAAGCUUCCAAGAUAGAGGAAAGUUUUGAUAACUUGUUCAGAACGCUUCCUUUUUUGCCGAACACUAUGUAAUUCUAUUGUAAUUUCUCAGAUUUGCAUUUUUAUGAAUAACAUUGCGAGUUCUAGAAACUCUGCUGGUUUUUCUGCAAAUAACAGUCUGGCUCCUAGAAAAUCAGAUUGACGCUCUACAGCAGUGGAUGGCAGAAUGUAGACAUUAACCCCUUAAGGACACAUGACGUGUGACAUGUCAUGAUUCCCUUUUAUUCCAGAUGUUUGGUCUUUAAGGGGUUAAGUAUGUCAGCUAGUGCAAAGACCUUUUCAUUGCCUAGGUUUUUUUAUUUAUUUAUUUAUAUAAAUAUAUAUUUAUUUUUUUAUUGCUUUCAAAUAACUCUAUUAGGGUGUGUUUGUUUUUUUUCAUUUAAUAAAGAUGUUAUAUUGUGAAUAGUUCACAUAAUCUUGGCUUGAAAGGCGUCUGUAUAAUAUAUCUAGCCAUCUCAGUAUUUGAGUUCGGUGUUUUGUUUUUUCGUAAAAUCUCUACAAUAGAAUACAGCUUUGUACACACAAUCAACACAGCAGGAGGUACUGUUUAUUAUACAGUUAUGUUUUGACAAAUGUGUUUAUAAAACAGAACAAUCUCCUUCCCCCUCCCCAUUCUGUCCCUUCAUUUUUAAUCCGUUUUGAUUGCCUGAAAUAUUGUUGAUGGUUUGUUUGUGUAUGGUGUAUUGUGUGUCCUCUAUAUUGAAUGGCAAGUCUAGUAAGUGACAUCACUGAGUUUGCAUUUGAACCCUUUAAGGAGAUAAAGUUGCGUUUUGACCUAAAUUGGGAUCAUCGCCUGUUGGGUAUUUCCCUCUAAGAGAAGGCUUUUGCAAAUUUAUUUUAAAGGAACCAUCCAAAGCAUAAUAAAUGACUGUUCUUUUACAUAGUUGCCAAUCAUGGGGGGAAAAAAAAUCAGAUUUUGGUUUAACAAAAUGUAGUAAAUGUGGUUGAUGUUUCUUGUAAUUGUGUUUUUAUUUCUCUUUCCAGGGGACAUGAAUUUAUAGUAGACUUGAACUGUAUGAGCAUUUAUGAAUCUCUUGUAUUUGACCAAAUCAGACGACUGUCAACACCGUGUACCUCUACUGAAAUCAAUAAUUACCAUACUGUGUGGAAAUAUUUCUGUCGAGACCACUUUGGAUGGAGAGAGUAUUCUGAGGUACAGUUCAGGCUUUAAUUAGGGGUUAAAUGGGUUUGCUGAUAAUAGAUGAUUUGAGUGGGGAUUUAGUCACAAGGGCCAUGUCUUCAGCAAUGUUGCAUGUCCUAUUCAUCUCAUGCUUGUGCAUAAUUCAUGAAGGGGGAAGCGAUUUAAGUGAGAUUGAGCACCGUUGUGUAUGUUUGUUUUAACCACUUUGUUCAACUAUCUAUUUUCCUGUCUUUUUUGAAUGUCUCUAUUUUUAAACUGAUCUUUUGGUCUUUUAUACAGCCCGUUGUGAAACUUAUAGAAGAGGCAAAUGUUAGAGGACUAAAGGAAGUGCGUUUUGUUACGUGGCACAAUCAGUACAUACUGAACAUUAAAGAUGGCUUCCAACAGAAUGCGUGUUUCAGGAAGGAAAUAAAACGGAGGCCGCUUUUUCGAUCUCCUGUACUGCUUUUGCCGCAUUUACAGUAAGUACACUUAUUUAAAAUUAAUUUUUCUGACAAAUCUAUAAAAAAAAGGUUUAGAAAGGUUCAUGGGAAUUGUAGUUUGCCAAGAGACAAGCAUUUGAAUACACAUCUUAUAGUGCUUGUUCUGUAAACAUCAGUGAAUUCCUACAUUCAGAGCUCAUGGUGAUCGGCAUCCAGUGUUCUGUAGUCUAGUUCAGCUCUGUCAUGUGAACCUUGGUCCAGAGCAGAUAGCGUGACUUCCCUCUGCUAGAAGAUACUUAGUAUUGAGGAAGUGUAGUCCGUUAUAUAAUUGCAAUUUACUGGCAGGCGUGCUGAACUUGAGGCUGGCAUUGCACUGUUUUUCGAUUGAGAUUAUCCCUCUGGCUAACAAAAAAAGAAAUUAUGAUAUUUUGUUUUAUCUUAUAUUUCAUAUCUGUGGCUUACUGCUAAAUAAUCUCCCUGGAAACCAAUAGAAUGUUCUUGUUUGCUCCACUCUUGAUUGAGGCUUCUGCCCCAGUGUUGCACAUUCUAUCCUACCCCCCAUUACAUCUAAAUUGCCAUUUUUUGAUGUUUCCAUAAAAUUAAAUCCAUUUUGUGAGCCGGUGUAACUGCUGCAUGCAAUUUCUUAUUUUAACUUCUAUGUGGUGCUAUGAAACGUUUAAUUAUAUACCGAGGGCAACCGUAUCUUGGCACACAGACAGCAACACGGGGGAAAUGUGCUUGUUGGGAUGGAAAAAAUAGCAUCCAAAACAGGCUUUGUGGCUUUCUUUUUUUGAGAGAUCUUUAGUAAUGGUCACAAAGAUGAAUGAUUCAUUAAAUUCCUGCUUAAAGCAGCUGCUUGCAUUUGCUUUACUGUCUCCUUAAAAGGAGCCCAUUGAAGUGUAUAAUAUUACGAUGUAUGACUGUUCACAUGGCCAGGGUCAUGGUUUUGCGUGGUAGUGAUCAUGCUUUUUCUUUGUCAGGAAGCCUUAAAGAGUUGUAUUUUUAUUUUUAAUUGAAAGCAUGAACAGGAUCAAAGUAACUUUUUGAUCGAGGAUACCUUUUUAACAUUCGGCUAGUAAGGUUUAUGCUGUCAGGCAGAUGUGUACAUGUAACCCUUUGAGUACCAGAGGAGGUGGUUAUGCCCUCCCUCCAGCACUCAAAAGGUUAAUUGCAGUUUUUAUAAGUUUGACACAGUCCGUGCUUAGUUGUGUGUUUGGGUUUUAUUUUUCUUGUUUGUAGCAUCCCAUGCACAGCUGGAAGCAUGAUUGCAGAGCCUGGUGUUUUUAGGAACAUGUUGUUCUCUCUGUGUAAAGCAGGAAGCUGUUGUUCUGACAGCAGAUCUACAUGCUCAGACUAGCUAGAGAUUUAACUGCUUUACUCAAUUUCCCAGCGGCAAAAGAAUGCGACUCUCUGCACAAAUGGCAUGAAAUGUCCAACUUUCAAGUGUGCAGUCGCAUGAUUAACUGGCCAGUGUUAAUCCAAAAUGUUUAGAAUAUAUUCAGAUUUGUUGAACCAUUUAACGAGUUGGCACGUUAACUUACAAAUGUUGGUUCGGGAAAGGUUUACAGUUGAUAAAGUUAUUGAGGAAACACUCAAAGGUUCAAUUCCUGGUGCAUCAAACAUUGUAUGACUGGUAUUCUUAAAUUUUAUUACUGUAUGCAUUUUCUAGGUCUGAAUGUAUGAUCAAAUUAAAUGGGCAGUGAUAUAUUCCCCUACCCCUUGGGUAGGGACUGUAAACAAAUGUUUAAUUUUGGGAGGUGGGUGAUAGGGAUCGACCGAUAUUUAUUUAUUUAUUUAUUUAUUUAUUUUUAAGAGCCAAUUCUGUAAUCUGUGAACUUUCAUGCCGAUUGCCGAUAGCAUACCGAUAUACUGUACAUUUAACCUUAUUUUUUUUGUAAAUCGUGUCUCUUUGCCCCCCCAUACUCCCCCAGUCCUAUAGUGCCGUGCCCCUCUCUUUCCCUUCCUUGGUCCCUGCUCCCCGGUGUGUCUCCUGGUAGCAUGGCCAAGCGGAGCAGAGCGCACAGCAGUUCUGGAGAUUCAGUCUCCUGUACCCGGCUGGACUGACAUGAAGUGCCCUCUCAGGGAGCACUUCCUUUCAGUCCGGCCGGUUACAGGAAACAUAAGUUCCUGUACCGCGGUGCGCACUGCUUCACUCGGCCACGCUACACUGUGCAUGGCAGGAGGGAGCACUGUGCGCCAACCUCCUGCCGGUCUCUCCGAUCUAGCGCCCUAAGGCAGCAGUUUAUGCAGCCUUCUGGACACACUGGCCCACCCAUUCAUGAUCGAUAUUGCUGAUGAUUAUCGGGAUAGCGGCAAAACCGAUAAUAGGUCGAUCCCUAGUAGGGGACUUUACAAAUAAGACAUGCUGUAAAAAUAUAUAUUUAAAAAAAAUAAAAAAAAUUUACAUUCUCAGUGAGACUUUAAAGAACCACGAAACAUGUAGUUAAUAUGCUUCAUAGUGCAACAUAAUUUCACAACAUAAAUGCUGUACCCUGUUACUGCUCACACUCUAUUUAUAUUUCUAUAGCACCUCAGCAUAUUGCAUUUUUAAAGUAUCCUUUGAUGACUAUAUAGGGAUGAGAUGACAGGUAGAGGUCAGUGUGAUGGAUACAGAAUACACUCCUCUUAUAAUAAUAUUGAGGUUUGCAGAGCUAUCUCUCCUUUGUGCAUGUUCAUGGGCUCGCAGACACACCCUACUUAUUAAUUCAGUUUAUGCUGGCCCCGCACGUAUUGUCUUGGUCCAUGCGUCAUAGCACAGUGUAGACGUUUCGUUGACGUGUUUUGUUGAAUGGUUACAUUAGGACAGAUGGGAACCGAGCUGUUCGCCCAGUUAACUGCAACUAGUUGUUCCAGUUAUAUGUGUAUAUUGUGCAAUAAGUGUUUCUAUAACAUAGGCGAUGGCAUCUCAAGCUUCUCACAUACUCCUAUUUUAGUAAGACUCGGGCAUUUGGCACAUUAAAGUAAGCGAAGACUGACAUUUAGAUAAUGUGUUCUGGACAUUGAUAUUUCUCAAAUGUCUAAUGUGCCAAUAAUUGGGCCAGCAAGAGGGCACAGUUGGUUAUGUACAAAGUACUUAAAGUGGAGCAGUCCCCAUGGAAACUGGAACCAAAAGGAACAUUCAGUUGUUGACAUGUUUUAUAUGCUAUGGCUGUUAUGUGUAUAAAGAAAAAAAAAUGGAACUGUCAUAUUUGAGUAUCAUGUUUAUACCCCAUUGCUUGUUCCCUUGUUAAACUGAUGCAUUGCUUUGUCUUAUUCUAGGACACUUGGUGGAGUAGCACCACUAAACACCCAAAUGAAUGACUCUGCUUCUACCCAAGUCCUAUCUCCUGUUGCCAUCACAUUUCCAAACUUCUAUCCAGAAACCUGGAUCCCUAUGGAUUCUGCUCAAGAGUUCAUUCAAGUGCCUAUGUCCAAGGAAGACAAGAGCUACAGGACAGUGUAUGCCCUUUUCCACAAAAGUGUUCCAGAGACCAAAUUUCAAAUUGUAAAAAUACUGCGUGUUCAGAAUCUCUUUCUAUGGGAAAAAUACAAAAGGUAACUUUUAUGUUUUGAGUUUUCCCUUUAGACUGACCCAAGAAAACCUUGAUAUUUUUUCACAUAGAAAUUCUUCAAUAUGGACCUGAAUACUACACGUCUGGUGAGAGUAGCCUGUUUAAAAUGGGUGUAUGCAACUUUUCAGCCCUCCAGAUGUUGUGUACUACAUCUCCCAGAAUGCUGGCAAAGUGUUAGGGUAGAUGUAGUCCACAACAGCUGCAGUGCCAAGAUUGCUUUACAAAAAAAGUUGGUGUGCACAAACGACUAAUCUUAUUCUAACUGCUUUUCUAUCAUCUUUGUUUUGUUUUAGUUUUUUUUACAUAUUAAUGGGGAAAUGUCAAGGCAAACACAGGUGCUCUUCUUGGGCAAAGUUUUAAAUAAGAAAUAAUCUCCAUGGAGAUCAAUAAAAUGUCUCUCAACAUUUAGCACUAUGCACCCAAAAGAGCGCCUGUUUUGCCUUGAUACAUCCCUGCUCCCCUCCAUAUGUUUUUAAUAGCCAGCAUCCAGUACCUAUGUGUCUGUAUCAGUUUAUUGCUGUUCCACAGAUGAAAUACAAAAAUAAAAUGUGUGUGUGUGUGUGUGUGUGUGUGUGUGUGUGUGUCCGUCCCGUCCCUCCCCCCGCCCUCCAAUAAACAAUCUGAUCACUCAGGUUCUUUUUAUAAGAUGCUUAGUGUCUCAAUGUAAAGUGAAAGGCAUUAAUUUAUGCAUGAAUUAUCAGUGAGCACCUCAAUAAUUGAAUUGAUUGGUUGAUAAAUCCUUUAUAAAAGUAGCGUUUUCUGUAAUGAUGCAAAGUAUAAACUUUGUUUAUCCAUUAAACAGUUCAUUGUGGUUUAUUGAAAUUAUAAAGACCACCUUGCAUUAAAAGCUUGUAUUCUUGUGAAAUGAGUUCAGGCAAAAAUAUCAAUUUAAUCCCUAACCUGAGGAUUGUUCGUGGAAAAACCUCCACAUGUUCAUGUAAUGUCGUGCAUAACCUAAAGAGAAACCUGGGUUAGAUUCCCGAAAUGUUUGAACAAAAUAGUUGUCUGUAUGCUUUACCCUUGGUCAAAAACUUUUUGGGGGGGGCACUACUUGCAAUAAAGUAGAUGAAUAGACUGUUUUUUUAUUUCUUAUGCUAGCACGGGAUAUUAUGCAUGUUUUGAUUUGUAGUUUUACAUUUUUAAGUUUUUAAUUUUUAUUUUUUUUUCUUUCUUUUAGGAAGAAAGAAUUCAUGACCAGGAAAAUGACAGGACUAGACAAGAUAAUGAAUGAAAGACAUUUAUUCCACGGGACCUCCCAGGAUGUUGUUGAUGGGAUCUGCAAACACAACUUUGACCCCAGAGUGUGUGGCAAACAUGCCACCAUGUUUGGACAGGGCAGUUACUUUGCUAGAAAGGCAAGUUAUUCCCACAGUUUUUCAAAGCGAUCCCCUAAAGGAGUUCACUACAUGUUCCUGGCUAAAGUAUUAACCGGAAGAUAUGUAGUAGGAAAUCAUACAAUGAGGAGGCCUCCCCCUCUGAAUCCAGCAAGUAUAACCAGUGACCUCUAUGACUCUUGUGUAGAUAACUUUUUUGAUCCUCAAAUUUUUGUUAUAUUUAAUGACGACCAGAGCUAUCCUUAUUUUAUCAUACAGUAUGAAGAACUUAGUACCACUGUUUCCAUUUAAAAAAUUAAACUCUGCUGCUUACAAGUUUCCUAGGAACUGUUUGUUUGUUUUUUUUAAUUGUGAAUGGGAAAACGGUGAGACGAGAAAAAAAGGAAUUGCAUUUAAAAACCAAGAAAAACAAAACUGUGAACGUUAAAAAGAAAAAAACAACACUUGUUGCUAUAUUAUGUGCAUAUUGUAAAUAACUUUCAUUGUUAAUAAAUUGUGUGACCUUGUUAAUAAAACAGUGUUUUAUUUAAGCAUUUUA